AAUGAUAUAUGCCACUAUUUGGUUCUUAAUGAUGGUUUCUCAAAUUGAUGUUAAAAGAGACUAGUCUUUAUCCUCUUUGUACCUUUACAACAAUGAACAGUUUGUGUGAAUAUUGUCCUUCAUCUUCAAGCUGCCUUUUUUUGUUCCUUUCUCAAUGAAGAUAAUAAUAACUAAAAUAAUGACUCAUUUUCUGAAUGAUAAAAGCGUGGAACAUUUUUAUCAUAACAUUCGGCUCUUUGACAGGGGAGAAAUUAAUAAUAAAAUUUGUGUGAAAUGUAUUGGUAGUAUGGUAUUUCCACACACUAUGCAUGCUGCAGGUCACACUAAAUUGAUUCACUUUCUACAUAUAAGAGUCCAUACAGUAAACAUCCUCAUGAUUUUUCCUACCAGUAAAAAACCAAGUUCAGUUACUUAUCCUAAUUUCUUCAGUAAAGAAACAGAAUACUAAAGGGUUCAGAACAUGGCUUUUUCCAAUUCCCUGAUUUUUGUUCUUAUUUUCCCCCUUGUUUUUGUUCUUGUACCUACCACCUUUUCACAAACCUUUGGCAACUUACCUGCGGGCCCCACCGUGUCAUCGUGUGGGCCACUCCUGUUACAAUUGGCUCCGUGUGGACCGUUCGUGCAAGGCGCGUCGCCCUCACCGGUUGAACAGUGUUGCAGUAACCUCAGGCAACUCUAUAACCAGCAACCAGGUUGUCUUUGCCUCUUGCUCAAUCAAACUAGCCUCAGCUCUCUUCCUAUCAACACCACAUUAGCACUUGAGUUGCCACUUCUUUGUAGCAUGCAUGUUGACAGCUCAACCUGUUUGGUUUCUGAAGGAUUGGCUCCUAAUGCACCAACACCUCAAGUUUCCUUUGGGACAAAAAGCAAUUCAACUGUUGCCGCUUCGCCGAUGCAGACAGUAGCACCUAAGACAACCAGCAUUUUGGGAUUUGGCUUUCACAACAGCUCUGCUUCUGCUGUAAACUUCAAUGCGAAGGAGAGUUUGAUGAUCACAAUGCUAACUUCUUGGGGUGCAUUAUUCUGGCUCUAACCGUUUCUAUAUUGUUGUGUCACGUCAUUAUUUGACUAAAAGUUAAGCUCAGACAAAUGCAUGUAGUUUACUGUUCUAACAAAGAAAUUUUGAGAUUUAAGACACUACAAUCAAUACAAGAAGUAGUAGAACUUGGGAAAAAUGAUGAAUUAGGACUAAAAACUAAGAAUUUUGCAUACAGUAGACAUGAUAUGUAGCAAGUAGAAUGUGCUUCAGGCACACUUAUUGUAACAGAAAUGUUGUUCUAUUAUUGAUUAGUUUGUCCACUCAUUUUAAACUA